GCUUUUUCCCCUGUUUUUUUUCUCCAAACAAUUUUUGUUGCGGAUAAAAGAUAUGUCGUCAAGUGUCUGUCAAGGGCUGCAAGCAUGCCUGGAGCUACGGUACAUUGAAUCACGUUUACUGAGGCUGAAAUUGGCUCCACCGAUAACCAAUUUCCCAGCAUCCUCCAUUGCUCCUCCGACCGUGCUGAAACCGAUGCCGUAUACCGACGUUAAAGACGCCAUCACCUUCGAUGAUCACCAGCUGAAGGGCAGUCAAGAUGUUGACACAGUUGGCUGGAGUUUCCUCCAGUCGCUCGCCGACGCCAAUGAUUCUAUUUCUACCCGAAAUGACAAUGGUUACGAGCACCCUCUCGUAAAGCGUUCGGUUUCUAUGCUGAGUGAAAGAAGUCUCGAAAUGUGCACCGAAAGCUUAGGCAGUGAAACCGGAAGUGAAGUUAGUGAGAGCGUCACCGACAUUUCCCUGCUUUCGAAACCGAGGGAAUGUUCGACGAGGAAGAAACCGAGCCAUGUCAACAGCUUUCCGCCUCCUUUGACAUCCAUUAGCGGCUUCAACGGAGUCGAAGUCAAGUCAUAUAGAGAAGGCGGCCGUUUAGUUCUUCAAGCCGAGACUACCUCUCCUUGCAAUAGCUACUUCCACAUGGAACGAAGCGAAGGCAGGCUCAGGCUUUCCCUCUUCAAGGACGACGAUGUCUCCAAAGAUGACGAGGAGGAGGAAAACUGGGAGGAUGUUGUACAGAAGCAUUACAAAGACGAUGAUGAAGGCGACGAAAAUGGUAAAGUAGUAGAAGGAGAAGUUAAAGAUGAAAAAAUUCUUACGAACAAAGUAACGAUAUGGAAGGAAAUAGUGGGUGUGUUGGGAUCGAAAUCCGAAACUGAAGUGAAGCAAGUGGGCGUAGGCACAAAAGGCUGUUUAAUUGGCCGCUAUUGUUGGAGGGGAGAUUACUUAAAAGUUACAAGUUAGAAGAUUUCUCUCAACCCUACUAGAGAGAAUUACUAUUAUUCUAUUACCUUUAUUAUUA